UUGUUUGGGUAUUUGUUAAGUUUGAACAUUUUUUUAAAUCUCUGGUGAAAUAAAAACGUUAUGUUAACGGUAAAAAAAUAUUACGUGCCGAAACCGUGGUCGCGCAUUAAUAAUGUUAAUAGUCACUUGUUUGUUUUCUCUUUCAGCCGUUUGUCUGCAGUCUGCACUCUUUACGCCAUAUUGCAGUGUGUUUUAAUAUAUUACUGACCGUGAAAUAACGUACAGUUUGUGUUUCAGGAUUUUGUGUUAAUAUUGUGUAUUUUAACUUUGUUAUAUUAUUUAUUAUCUACUAUUGUAAUGAUUGAAUUUGUUAUCGUUUUGAUAUUUUGUGUGGUUCUUGUGAUUGCUGUAAUGGUAAUUGGUUCCGGGAUGGGGAAAGCUACUUCUUCGCAGCGUCAGAUGGACAUCAUUAACGUCGCUCAGAACUUAUAUGUUUUAAUUAGGAAAGGCGACUUGAAGAAAUGUGACGUUACGCAGACGACCGCGUUUCUUCUCAACAUCGCAAAGUCAACUGUUCUCAAGUACUACAAGAAAGACAUUGAAGAAGUUUCAACACCAGGAAAAAAAAGGGAAAAAAGGCCACAGGAAGGAAAGUCACUUGACACAGUCGACGAUUUCACAGUAAAUGCAAUCAGGAAUGCAAUUUACAGGAUGUACGCUGAAGGUUUGAAUGUUACAGUCGACACCAUUUUGAAAGAAAUCAGGGAAAGACAAAUAGAUUAUUAUGGUGGAAGAUCAAGUCUUCAUAAAUUGUUAAAGAAGAUGGAAUUUUCAUGGACAACUGUUGAUGGACGAAAAGCUUUGAUAGAGAAUGAAAACAUAGUAUUCCAGCGAAUAGAUUUCUUGAGAAAGUAUAAAGAAGAAAAAGAAAGAGGUGCCAAUUUCAUAUUUGUUUAUGAAACAUGGAUUUUCCAGAGAGGCAAGGCAUUAAUUUAUUUGAAAAUUUGUUCUGUGGUCCAAUACAAAGUAUUUCAUUUCCAUUUCAUAUAUUUUUCAGGAACUGUAUCAAAGUCAUGGCAGGACAAGAGUCUACAAUCUGCGAAGAGACGUACUGUUGGAGAUGGUAAAAUGUUUAUUGUUGUUAAUGCUGGAGGGCGCACUGGCUUUGUGCCAGGAGCAGGAUUACUUUUUGUUUCAGGUCAGAAGACUGCAGACUACCAUGGCGAGAUGAAUGGGGAAACUUUCUUGAUGUGGUUUGAAGACAUGUUGGUGCAUCUUGAGGAACCCAGUGUCAUCAUAUCACAGCACCCAGAUGGGCGAGGUGUGUGGAUCACGUGGAGAAGCUAAUUCAAGCAGACUGGGAGAGAGAAGUCCACAUAGACAGCGGCACCAUUCCUCUACUCAUCAUCCACCUCGGCAAGGAUAGUUCAAGUGAAGACAGUGACAGCGAAGAAUUUGAGGUUACGACACAGCAAGUAGAUGGAGACAGUGAAGUACUGGCAGUUCCUCUUGAUGAUUUACCCGGGUGUUCUUAUUGAGGUCUGUAUGUAAUAAACACCUGGGCAACUGUAAGUAUUGGGGUUUGAAACAUUUUUUUUUCUUUUAUGCAUUCCCAUUAAGUAUGCUGAUUACUGGAACUUUAUGUAUUAACUUU